AUGGCCAAAACCAUCUAUUCACAUCUUACGUUUCUUCUUGCAAUAUCUAUCCCACUCAUCUCCUCUGCAACUCCCGAACCACUUCAAAGAUCCUUAAGCUUUAAGCUCAUCUAUCGUGACUCACCUGAAUCCCCUACUUACAACCCUAACCUCACUAAAUCACAACGCUUUGAAGAGUCGCUCCGCUUUUCUGAGAAUCGACUUAUCCAACUAAAUAACUCUCAAUCAAUGCCAAUGGGCUAUGAAAUAACCUCUAUUCGGUCCGCUGUCAUCUAUCACUCAGCAUUAUACAUGGUUUUCGUAACUAUCGGCACAGGCAAUGGCACCAUUGGCUAUUACUUAAACAUGGACACAAGUAGUGGUCUUACUUGGACCCAAUGCAAGCCAUGCAAUUACCAUUGCAUCAAUAGUCUUUGCCACUACGAGAUUGCCUAUGCUGAUGGGUCACACACAAGUGGCACACUCUCGAAAGACACCUUCGGCUUUCGUUCGAGUCAUGGUGAUCACUUUGAGUUUGUUAACGGGCUGAUUUUUGGCUGCUCACAUAAUUCCCAUCUAGUUGCAAGCAACCAUGGUUAUCCAUCAGGAAUAAUGGCAUUAGGUUUGUCUGGGGAAUCAUUUGCGAGGCAACUUAUCAAUCAUGGUAGUCAAGCCCGUUUCUCAUACUGUCUUCCUCCAAUAGGUUCAGUGCGUAUAAGUUAUUUACGAUUUGGAAACAAUAUUGUACAAAGAGGGGUGGUCCAAACCACACCAAUUGUACCAGCCCAAGGUGUGCACUUCCACUAUAUUAUCUUGAAUGACAUCAGUGUUGGCACAAAACGAGUUGGGUUUGAGCCGCAAAUGUUUUCGCGAAAGCCAAAUGGGUCAGGCGGCUUCUUCGUGGAUUCUAGCACAUUAGUCAGUCGUUUGAUAACCCCAGCUUUCGAACUGGUGAAGAAAGUGUUAAGGAGUUAUUUUCGGCAUAGGAAUUUGGUUGAAGUAGACCCACAUCAAUAUGGGAUCUCAUUCAAAUCUUGUUGGCUUUUUCAGCCAGGUUAUGAGGUUUUAAUGCCGACUAUGACAUUGCAUCUGCAAGGGGCUGAGAUGAGUAUUGCAUCAAAAAAUGUGUUCUAUAUUGAACAUGAGAAAGGACUAUUCUGUUUUGCAAUAUUGCCACUGGAUAAUUUGAGUAUUCUUGGAGCAUAUCAACAAGUAAAUACUCGAUUUACUUAUGAUGUGCUGCAUUCGCAGCUAGCCUUUAAUCCAGAGGAUUGUGAACAUGACUCUCAUUAA